AUGUCAUCACCAACCUCCCGAAAAGGCGAGAAUGAACCGCCCGAGGAAAUCCCCUGGGUGGCCGCUCAGGGCUUCAUGACCGGCGUGUUCCGCUUCGGCUCCGUCUCCAUUCUAGCACAUAUGAUCUUGAGCCUCCCGCACCCAUUUGUCUUCUCCGCACCCACUCCCCCGGCCCACCCCCUCCACGCAACCCCGUCCCCGACUCUCCAUCUUCUCCCGCGACUACAUCCGCUCCCGACUCUUCCACCGUCCCAUAGAAGGAUUCUCAAGCUGGAUCUCUCCCGGCUCCCGAAUCUACCGGGGUCUGACACCGCAAUUCAAGGUCUUUAUCCAGGUUGGAGCUAUGACCCUCGGCGGGUGUAUCUGGCAGGAGAAGCGGGUGACGGAAUACAUUGGUCUGGUGCGGGACCUCAAGCGCGCCGAGCGGCAACAGGCGGAGCGGGAGCAGGGGAAUCGUCGAUGAAAGACGUCAUGGUCGAAUAUUGGGUGAUGUGA